AUGACUGACGAUGAGAGACUGGGGAGGAAGAGGAGUUUCUCUUUGCUGCGUUGUUGCUCUCGGGCCUUGAAGCGGGUGAAGGAUGCCACAAGUGCGUUCCUCAGUGCUCGGGCGUCUGUAAGCAUUGCCAAUGCCCGACAGACGCCGGAGGUCAUCGGUGACCCGGUGGACUUGGCGUCUGUACCCAAUGCCCGGCAGACGCCGGAGACGACUAAUGACCCGCCGUCUGCAACCAAUGCCCGACAGACGUUGGAGGUAAGGCAACCGCACGGAACGUUUCUGGCUGCUAACAAGGGGGCUUUCGCGUGGCGUAACCCGGCUGGUGGUGUGAUCACCUGGGGCCUUCGUUCAUACGGAGGUGAUAGCAGUGCUGUUCGAUAUUGUCUGAAAGAUGUACAGCAGAUACAGGCUUCAGAUCGAGCCUUCGCGGCUAUCUUGGCUGACGGAAACGUCGUGACAUGGGGCGAUCCUGAGUAUGGAGCUGACAGUAGGGAAGUUCAAGAUCGUCUUCGGGGCGUACAGCAGAUCCAGGCCACCAGCUGUAGCUUUGCCGCCAUCUUGCAAGAUGGGAGUGUCGUCACCUGGGGCUCACCAGAUCACGGCGGAGAUAGUGAUCAGGUGCGUGGGAGGCUGAAAAAUGUGGUGAAGAUCCAGGCGACGGUCGGUGGUGGUUUCGCCGCUUUGAGGGCCGAUGGGCUCGUGGUGGCCUGGGGAAAUCCGGAUGCAGGGGGCAGCUGUAAAAAAGUUCAGGGCCUCUUGAAGGGCGUCAAGCAGAUCCAGGCGACGGAGAAUGCUUUUGCAGCGCUUUUGUCUGACGGCCGCGUGGUGACUUGGGGUGAUCGAAAUUUCGGCGGGGACAGCAGAUCAGUUCAACCGCAGCUGAAAGACGUACAGCACCUUCAGGCAACAACUUACACCUUCGCCGCUCUGUUGAGAGAUGGAAGUGUCGUGCCAUGGUCGGAUGAAAACCUGGGCGGUGACCAUCGCAGUGUUCGACAUCUGAAGACUGUCUGUCAGAUUCAGGCCAAGACGAAAGACGAGAUGGUUACCAUAACAACCGUAUCGUUUCUCUUGUUGCCUUCUCUUACUUUACUACCCUAA